CUGUGUAAAACUAAAACCAAAUCGAAAUGACGGCUGUUAAAAUGCAGUACUGCGGUUCGUGAGAUAUAUUUAAAUUUUAUCACGCAUGUUUUGUAAACAAAAAGCGCUUUAAAAACAAUAUGCGGGACGGGUAGUGAAAGUGAGUGGCCUCGUUUUGACCCGGAACAAAAUGGCGGUCCCUGAAUACAGAUUUUCUAAAUUUGAUAGGAAAAGUUAUUAAAUAUCGUUCGUGUCGUGGUCAAUCGCAAAUCAUAAAGCAGCUAUUGCAAGGAAAUGCGAUGUCAGAGAUGAGUACGCAGUAGAGUCUGGCGGGAUAGAUCCGUUAAUCGGCUGAAAUGUGAGUUCUGUGUGACCUCUCCCAUGAUGCUAAACAUACUUUUAAGUUUUACAUAAUCCACGAAAAUUCGUUUAGAUUGGUGACUGUGGUACUGUGUGCUGUGGUAGAUGAGGCUCAGUGAGGGUGACACAACUCCGCAGAAAGGACUGCUUGAAAACGGAAACAUGGCCGCAUUGACGUUAGUCAACAAUAACGUCAAUGCGAUGAACUUCACCGAAAAUCAACACGGAAAUGUCAUUUUGGAACGACUAAAGCAGCAGAAGGACGCGGGAAGGUUCUGCGACGUCGUGCUACACGUUCAGGGCCGGCAGUACCAGGCGCACAGAAACGUGCUCGCCGCCUGCAGUCCGUAUUUCGACUCCAUACUUAAGGUUCACCACAUCGUCAAGGAGCAGCUGACGAUAACAUGCCAGAACCACGAGGUUUUCCAGCUCCUGCUCAACUACAUGUACACGGGCAACGUCGUCAUCGACAAGCACAACGUCUCCGAGCUGCUGAAGCUUGCCAACCACUUCCUCGUCUCGAAGCUGAAGAGCUACUGCGCUGAGUACCUCGACCGGUACCUCGACGUCACCAACUGCCUCAGCGUCAAAGAACUCGCCGAGAAAUACAACAUGCCCGCGCUCGUCAAAAACGCGACGCACUUCCUGCACAGCAACGUCGCCGAGAUCCUCGAACACGGAGAAGUUCUCGCACUCGCCGCUCCAAAGAUCGAGACGCUCCUCUCCGAUAAGAACGUUGUCGUCGACCAGGAGCGGCUGAUCCGCUUCAUCGUGCGCUGGAUCAAGCACGACGUGGGCACGCGCGAUCGCGACAUCCGCGCGCUGCUUGCGCUUGUCUCGUGGAAGCGCGUCCCUGACGGCUUUGUCGUGCGACAGCUGGAACGCGACCCGCUCUUCAAGGAGAGUCCGCGCUGUCUCUUCAUGACGCUGCAGGCGCUGCGGGAGAACGGACUCCCACUGGGGAAGUACGAAAACCUCCUCGUAGCGCUGGAGGAGAACUGCGGCGUCGACCUGCAGCAUUGUGAUAACGACGUGUUCAUCAACCUUGCCGUGUCGGCUGCCGUCGCCGGCGGCGGCGUGAAGGUUCGUAAGGACGAGAACAACGUGAACAACAACGCGAACAAGAAGUUUGAGUCGUCGGCGGCAGCGGUGCAGACGAACGGCUGGCCGCAGCGCAAUCUCAACAACAACUCGCUCGUCAAGGAAUCUCAGACGCGUGCCAAUGGCUCUCAGUCACCGCACAGAAGAAAGAAUGUUACUCCUAUCAAACUGCGGAUUGCCAAGCAACAGGCUCUGCAACAACAGCAGCAGCAGCAGCAGCAGCAGCAGCAUGGGUCGACGCCGAAAAGGAAGCCAGGGAGACCACGGAAAACCACAGCGACGGACGACAGCCUAAAGCACAAAAAGAUCACCAAAAAUAACCACCAGUUGGAGGACGUGGAGUCUCCGCCGGAGGAUGAGCAUCAUCACGAGAUCCUCGUUAACGGACGCGGUCCCGGCAGCGACUACGAUGACGCCCCGGACGACGAGCUGUCCGACAACUCCUCCUUGAGUCUCGACGAAGUCGGAAAACCCAGGAAGAAACGCAUGAAAUUCAACGACGGUCUGGAGAACGGCGGCGGCAAGGAUGGGAUGAAGUGUCCCGACUGCUGCUACAUGGCUCACAAUCAGACGCGCCUGGACCAGCACCGCGACAAGGCGCACUCUCGCAACACCGUCUACCACUGCAGCAUCUGCGACUUUGACUGCAAGUGGAACCGCGAGUACUACAUGCACAUGAAGACGCACUUCAGCGGACCGCCCUUCAAGUGCGACCAGUGCGACUACAGCACCGAUCGCAUCCAGCCGAUCCUCUCGCACCGCAUGAAGCACACCGACGAGAAACCGUUCGAGUGCACGGAGUGUGAGUACCGCUGCCGCACGAAGAACAACCUCACCGCGCACAUGCGCUCGCACACGGGCGAGAAGCCGUUCCGCUGCGACGAGUGCGGCCGCUGCUUCGCGAUCAAGUCGACGCUCGACCAGCAUCUCGUGACGCACAGCGACGACCGGCCGUAUCUCUGCGACACGUGCGGAUUCUCCACCAAGUACCAGUCGCACCUGAUCGCGCACAAGCGCAUACACACGGGCGACGUCUACACGUGCCAGUACCCGAAGUGCACGUACUCGUCGCCGAAGAAGAGCCAGCUGAAGGCGCACAUGCGCACGCACGCCGCGAUUCGCUCGCACGUGUGCGCCGCGUGCGGCCGCGGCUUCGUCGAGAAGAGCCACCUGGUGAGACACGAGCGCAUCCACCUGGAGGAGAAACCGUUUCGCUGCGCGCUGUGCGAGUACGGGAGUUCCCGUCGCGACAAGCUCAAGGAGCACGUCGCCAAGCACCACGGCGACGCCGCCACCGCGAGGGCCCCAUACAAGGCGCGUCGUCCGCCGCCGCCGCCGCCCGCGGGCCUCCCCGCGUCCGCCGACACCAGCCCCCCGCAGUCGCUGUCGUCGAUGGGCCAGCAGACGAGCCCUCAGACGUCCGACUACCAGUUUGAUGGGAUGGAGGCGGGUGGAGGCAGCGACGACGCUCCCGAACACAAGGUGUUCGACCAGCAGGUGGCCGACGUGACGACUCACGUCAUCGACAAUAUCAGCGUGCAGCAGAUGGCCGUCGACAUGACGCGCGGCAGCCUGGAGAUGGCGCCACGCGCGUCCAUCGACAUCCCGCGCAGCCUCGCGAUGGAGCUUGACCCUCGCAUCGUGCAGCAGAUGCAGCAGCAGCAGCAGCAGCAGCAGCAUGAGAUGGAGCGGGGGCUGUCCGGCUCGCUCGCGGGCAUGUCGCAGGCUGGCUACCCCGGCCAGCAGUGCGACUUUGGAGGCUGGCGGAAGCCGCUGCUAGUCUCGGUGUGGGAGGCGGAGAUUUGCCGGGUCUUGGUACCGAAUAGAGACUCGGGGGAUGGUAACAUAGCAGCUCGCACAUCGCUUACGCUGCCGGUUGUACGGGAUGCGAAGGUGGAGAAGGUGCAGUCCCGGGUGCGUUAA